AUGAAUAAUCUAUCUAUCUAUCUAUCUAUCUAUCUAUCUAUCUAUCUAUCUGACAGUCUACAGACUAAUAUAUCUAUCAAUACCUCAUAUACUUUUGUUUUUCUUUCCCGUUUACCUCGUUUCUAUCAUAUUUUCCCCGUCAGCACAGCUUCUUUUUUUGUUUUGUUUCCCGAACAAUCGUUUGGUCUUUUACUAACCCUUCUUUAUAACCACACUUCAUUACAUUCCUCUAAACACUUUAGAAGUUGCUCCCAUACGGACAAUUUGGUUCUGUACUAUUUUAAAUUAAAAUCUAUCUAUCUAUCUAUCUAUCUAUCUAUCUAUCUAUCUAUCUAUGUCUGCUCUUAUCUAUCUAUCUAUCUAUAUAUCUAUCUAUCUAUCUAUCUAUCUUUGUUUUUAUCUCUAUCUAUUAUAUCAAUCAUUGUCUCUAUCUUUAUCUCUAUCUAUUUAUCAAUCAUUGUCUGCUCUUAUUAUCUAUCUAUACUAGUCUGCUCCUAUCUAUCUAUCUAUCUAUCUAUCUAUCUAUCUAUCUAUCUAUCUAUCUAUUCCAGUAUGCUGCUAUCUAUCUAUCUAUCUAUCUAUCUAUCUAUCUAUCUAUCUAUCUAUCUAUCUAUUUGGAAGACGUUUUCUCUGUUUUUACUCGCUGCUUAUUUCCUAUAG